CUCUCUCUCUCGGUUCAACGGGAAGACAAUCAGCGGUGCUUCUGUUAGCGUUUGCUAGUUGCAAAAAUAUCAAUAUAUCGAUCGAUUACGUGCGCCUAGCAACACAGAGGCUGACACUAACGUUCUACCGGUGGUGAUUCUACAACUGCAGCAUGCAGCCAGUUGAGGCACACAAAGGAUUUUCUACCAAAAGCAAGCUGUACGAUUCCCUGAAGGUGUAUCUGAACAACAAGGACAGGCUACAACCCAUCAUUGGCUUGGGUAGUAUUAUAGAAUGUGUGAAGGCGGGUACAAACUACAGAGAAGCAUUGUACCUGUGUGAGGUGUGUGCGUGUCGACUCAGUAAAGCUGACAUACGGAACCACAUUAUGGGAAGCCUCCACAGAUACAACUACAUUAAAGCGUGGCACCCCCACUUAGUGUCUGAAUGGAAGGAGAACACUAACCUAUCUAAGCUGGCUUGGCCACUGAUGGAGAAAGCCAAGAUACUUGAGGGAAAAGAGGGACCAGGAGAUGUCCAGUUGUUAGAGGUUGAAGACACUAUAUACCAGGAGAUGGCUACAUGCAGUGAGAAUGACGCAAUAACUCUGAUAAAUGGGAUAAAUGGGCAGGGUGAACCUGAAAGCCAUUCAGAGGCUACGUCAGUGCAGCUGGAGCACAACCCCAUCCCAUCGCAUAGAAUUGUGUUGCUUGCCAAGAACCAACAGAAACGGUCUCAGAAAUCCUUCAAGACCUCAGCAGAGACAAACAAGGCUCCAUCUCUGAUACAGUCGACUGUGGCUCCUUCUGUCACAUCAGAGGGCUGGUUAAACGACAUGUCACUGUUGGACAAUACUCAGAUGUUACCCGAAACGUCUGUGCUAUCAGACAACAGCAACAGCUUUCUCGAUGGCUACACGGGAACCAAGCCUCUUAUUGGUCUUUUCCGUGUGGUUGAGUGUAGAAGUGAAGAUGGCCACACAUACUGUUUCUUAUGUCACUGCUGCCGCAUCAGAUCCAACAAAAAGGACAUCAUUGAUCACCUAACCAGCUCUUCCCAUCUUGUGAACUACUUGAUGGAAACUCAUCCUGAGCAAAUGGAGGUAUUGACUGCAGAUGUUGAUGACAACUAUCAGCUUCUCCAAUACCGGGCCAAGAAAGUGGAGCAAGAAGAGGGCAGAGGAGAGCUGAAGGUUGUAAACGCACCAGAAUCACUCUGUAUCCUACUGACCGGCAAAAGUUACCACUGGUGCGUAAAGAUGCUGUGUAAUGGAUGGACACACACAAACAUCCAAAAGAGGAAAAUAGCUGUCAAAGUGCCCAGUGUGACAAAUCAAAGAAUGCCAGAGAAGUGCGCCGCCGUGCUGUCGAACCGCACCAAAAGGAGGACAACAAAGAGGAAGAUGAGGAAAAUGAGUAAUACUGUGUUCAAGGUAAGCCUGCCUAUUAACAAAGGUUCAGUGCUGCUGAAGAGGACGUCUUUCAGCGUGAACAGCCUCCCCGUGUCAUCUGCGUACUCGCCUCCACCCGAAGACGACCUUAUUCCCUCGCCAGAGUCUCAGUCGGAGGACUGCGAGUUGGACUGUGGCACUGGAUCCUUAGCAGUUAACUACGCUGAACACACCUCUUCAGUUCAGCAGGACUUCGACAGUGGAGAUGAAAAUAAAGAUGCUGGUCAGUACGUGGGACCAGAAAGAAACUUUGACAAUCAUUAUCAAGAGAAGGAUGGUUAUUUAAGUCACAAUGAGUACCUCAGCCAGCCUGAAACAAAAGACCCAAGGCUUUAUGGGGAAAAUAAUUACAACGGUUCAGAAUCCUGGUCAUUUUAUAACUCUUUCUAUGGACAUGAGGAAGGUUGCACUGAGCAGUGGUACAAUUCAACUUCACAGAGUAAAGUUGGCACGAGUGUGGAUGUGUCAAGAGAGGAGGGACAGAAGGAGAUGAGCUCAGGUGCUACUCAGUAUGAUUACCAACAACAGCCCCAAGAUCAGUACACGGCACAAGAUGAUGCUAGUCUUCUCACAGGCAGUGUGGGGCAGCAUGGUUUUUCUGGAGAAUUGGCUCAUGUAGAUGCUGCUUGGAUCAACAUGCAUCCUCACUUAGGAUACUCCCUUGCUCACAGUGGUAACAUUACUCCAGGAGUACAGUUUCCUCAGGUUCAACAGAGACCGUGGCCAACAUACAUGGGGUUCAUUCAGUUCCCUUCCACCGGCCAUGUCCAGACAGCUCCACAAAGAUAUAUGACGCAACCCACGGCCCAUCAAGCCCUCCAAGUAGGCCAUGGGGUAAUGUCUAACCCCAACUGCAAUCUGGGACCUACAACAACCCCUGAGCAGCAAUUUCCUCAUCCCUCUGUGAUAUGGAACCCACGUUGAUCCUGUUUUCAGAGCUGCUGGUUUAUCAUGUUUGAUGGACUUUAUAUGGAACACCUUCAUUUAUGUUCGAAAAGCCCAAUGCUAAUUCUACAUAUUUUGCUGCACCACAUUUCUACCCAACUCACUUAGCAUGGAUUUUAACUGUGCCAUGGCAUUUUUUUAUGUUCUUCUAAAAUAAAUGUAUCUGAUUUCUAUUAGAAAUGGAAAUGGAAGGGUUUUUUGCCUGUAAUGAUAUAACCUUCAGAGCCUCUGAGAUAAGUAUUUAGCUUUGUCCCCUUAGACUUUCAAUUUCAUUUCAUUUUUAUAUCACCUCUUUUAUAUGAAACUGACUUUGUACCUUCAUUCACACAAAUCUAAAAACGGAUGAGAUUUUGGACCAUUAAACUGAGAUGAGUCUAGAUUAUGACAUUUUUCCUUGGAUGCACUUGGACAUAGAGGUGUAUAUAGUGUAGUGUUGCAUCAUCUGGUUACAUAAAAACAAAAGCUAGUGCUGAGAAUUGUAAGCAUCUCAAUCUAUGCUGGCAGAAUUGGGGAUAAUGAGAUGAUUUAAAGUAAAUUGUACAGUACUAGAACGUAUUCAUAUAUUUUGUGGUUUUAUAUGCAUCCUAACCAAGUGAGGGUGCGAAACAUUCUCAUUAUACGUUUAAAAUCACACUGAGGGUGUGGCUUGCAGUUGUCACCAUGCUGAUCUGCUAACAUCUACACUGUGCCGGAAUAACUAAGUCAUUUAAAUAGGUGAUGGCUCAGUUAAGGUUUGUGCUUAAGUAGACUUUUGAGAAGAAAGUUGAUGGUUUGAAACAGGUCAAAUGUGCUGCUUUGCUGAUUGAAUUUAACAGAGCACAGCUGUGGAUACUUUAGUGCACCAAUGAGUAUGGGGAUGUGAGACACAAUAUCAAUUUCUUUGCGUCUUUGGAGUUAAAAGAGGAGGGUGAGGUGAAGGGGUUGUAAUCUGCAACUACACCACUAGAUGUCACUAAAUCUUAAACACUGAUCCUUUGAUGGAGUUGCUGGUAGUAAAGUUUUGACUUCAGGGCUUUUACUUGACAAUUUUUACACUGAUAUUGUUACGUUUUACAUACUGUAAGUAAAGGAUCUGAGUAUUUCUUCUACUGCUGCUUACUGUGAUGAAUGUUUUUAGUCUACUGUACUCAAGUUUCCAAGCUCAACAGCUCCUCUUCGCACAACCUUUGCCCAAACAUGGCCCUGUAGGGUACACCAGCAUCAAUGUCCAAGUCUUCUUACCUACAGUGAUGCCAUCAUAAGCAAGCAGACCAUGCCUGAAGAUUACAAUGUGUUAGACACUGUAAUAGACAUUGUAAUAUAAUUGUUAUUUCUAUUCUUUAACAUUGUGUGAGCACAUUGAGCAACUGUAACAAACAAAUUUACCCCCUUGGGAAGUAUUUCUGAUUCUGGUUAAGUACUUAAAUUAAUCUUAUAAUGAAUUGUCUAACAGCAUUAGCACAAAACGUGAACCCAUAAAAGCAUCACUCUCAUAAACAAGAUCAGGG